AUAAUUCCAGCGUCUGAUUGUAAAAAGAGAUCAUCAGCAAGAAUGUCAAGUGUUAGUAGCUAUGUGGUUUGCUCCAAUUGUGUUCGUUCUCUCCGCAAACGCAGUCUCUUCGAGACUUCCUCUUACACUACACGCCGUUCCUUCCCCUCCUCGUCGCCGUUUCACUCUAAUUCACCCCAAAACGAUGCGUUUCGAAGUCACACACUCACUCUCUCAUCAUCAUCAUCAUCAUCAUCAUCAUCAACAACCCUCUUCUCCUCUCUUACAGACUCUGCUGCUUUGCCUUUCGACCUUUCCCCUCCUCCCAUUGACCACGACCUCCUCGACACUGUGAGAGGUGGGGGGGCGGAGGUGUCAGAAGAUGGAAUAAUUGAAACAUUCAAUAAUGAUGACGAAGCAUUAGAUGCAGUUGAUAAUGGCGUUGUGGUUGUGGACCUUUCACAUUAUGGCCGGAUAAGAGUCAACGGAGAAGACCGUAUUCAGUUUCUUCAUAACCAAAGUACUGCAGAUUUUGAAUGCCUUCGGGAAGGACAGGGGUGUGACACUGUUUUCGUGACACCGACAGCUCGAACAAUAGAUAUUGCGAAUGCAUGGGUUAUGAGAAAUGCAGUUACAUUGGUGGUCUCUCCGGUGACCUGUGGAAGCAUAGCCGAAAUGCUUAGGAAGUAUAUAUUUUUCACCGAUAACGUUGAAAUACAUGACAUCACCAAGGAAACAUGCUUGUUUGUACUAGUGGGACCUAACUCCAAAAAAGUCAUGGAGAAUUUAAAUCUUGGUGACCUUCUUGGACAACCAUAUGGCUCACAUAAACAUUAUAGUGUGAGUGGAAUGCCAAUAACUGUAGCAGUGGGAAAUGUCAUCUCUGAAGAAGGUUUUUCACUGUUAAUAUCACCUGCUGUUGCUGGUUCAGUCUGGAAAGCUAUUCUAAGUCAGGGCGCAAUCCCAAUGGGUUCUAAUGCUUGGGAAACAUUAAGGAUAUUUCAAGGAAAACCUGCUCCUGGUAAAGAGCUCACUAAUGAAUAUAAUGUUCUGGAGGCUGGUCUGUGGAACUCAAUUUCUAUGAACAAAGGGUGUUACAAGGGACAAGAAACCAUUUCUAGACUCGUAACCUACAAUGGCGUCAAGCAGAAUUUAUGGGGAAUUUGUCUCUCAUCACCAGCAGUGCCAGGCAGCCCCAUUACUGUUGAUGGUAAAAAGGUUGGGAAACUGACAAGCUAUGCAGCAAGAAGAAAGAAAUCCGAGCAUUUUGGUUUAGGCUAUAUCAAGAGGCAGGCUGCUGCUAAAGGAGACUCGGUAACUGUUGGAGAGAACGUUGUUGGAACAUUGGUGGAAGUUCCUUUCCUUGCUGGACAGUGUCCGCCAUCAAAGAGCUAGAAUCCUCUUCGUCUUCACUUCUCCUGCAGUGGUCAAAAGUAAGUUAAUGCAGUUUAAGUUGGCAAUGUGACAAAGGACAUAGCUUCUGCCCAUGUAAUCUUAUGUAAACUUUUUUGAUGCUCAACUUUAUAUCGAGUGAGAAUUCUUUGGCCAUGAAAACUGAAGAUUUUCAAACAUCAACACCUGUGUUUUGUGUUUUUGGAGGUGUAGAAGCCAAUAUUUCUUCUUCUUCUUCCUCAUUUAUUUAUUUUAUUAUUAUUAUUAUUAUUUUUUUCAUAUGUUGUUAAACUCCUAUCAGCUUUUUCAAUUUACUUUAAAAUAUUAUAUAUUUGUGGGAC